AGCAGAAGCCGAGAGAGUCCGGGGAAAAAGCGAAGAAAGUGGGGGCGACCCUGAGGAGUUCCUGGGGAGUUGUAGUCGUCAUGACUACCCUCCAAGCCACGAAGGAUCCUCUCCUCCGGGGUGUAUCUCCCACCCCCAGCAAGAUUCCCGUUCGCUCUCAGAGACGCCCGCCUCUCCCCACAGUCAAACCCAGCGCCCUGGACCAGGAGAACCAAGAUCCAAGGAGACUGGUGCAGAAGCUCAGUAGUCAACGCCCCCUCGUUGACUCAGCAGGCCCUAGGCCGAAAGCCACACGUCAAACAGAGCAAUCGGAGAGAUUGGUGGGGAGUACUCAGCUUCGGAACCCCUUGGAGGAGCUCAGGCCUAGCCCUGGGAGACAAAAUGUGGGACCUAGGCUCCCUCCCCAGAAAGAGGCUCCAGGGACCAUAGAGUUUGUGGCUGACCCUGCAGCCCUGGCCACCAUCCUGUCUGGUGAGGGGGUGAAGAGCUGUCGCCUGGGGCGCCAGCCCAGUCUGGCUCAGAGAGUACUGGUUCGAGGGAACCAGGGAGGCACCAUCCGGAGGGGCCAGGAUGCCCGGGCCUCUGCAUAUUUGGCUCCCAGAACCCCCACCCACCGACUGGACCCUGCCAGGGCUUCCUGCUUCUCAAGGCUGGAGGGACCAGGACCUCGAGGCCGGACCUUGUGUCCCCAGAGGCUAGAGGCUCUGAUUCCACCUUCAGGACCUUCCUCUCACCCCUCCGCUCCUCCCCGAAUCCAGGAGCUAAGAAGAGAGACAGGUGGCAACAGCAAGACUUCAGUGAGCCAGGCCUCAGGAUUGCUUCUGGAGACCCUUGUCCAGCCUGCUUCCUCUCUCCCUGAAGGAGAAUAUGAAGUUGUCACUCACUCAGAUGAAAGAGGAGGGGGCCCCCUCGGUCUGGCUCAGCGAGUACCAUUAAAAGAAACCCGAGAGAUAACACACACCAAGGACGGCCGUGACUCCUGCCUGAUGCGCUCCCCUGGCCAAGUGAUGCCACCUGCCAUCACCCGGCCAUCACCCUUUGGACGGGCUCAACGUGUACCUUCCCCUGGCCCCUCAGCUCCAACCUCAUAUUCAGUGUUGCGGCGUCUCGCCAUCCGCCCCAAAACCCAGUUCACACCCCUCUCAUCGGCCCCUAGAGUUCAGCAGGCCCAAUGGUUGAGUGGCCUCUCCCCUCAGCCUUGCCCCGAAGAGCCUGCCCUGCCCUGGGUAAGUAUCUGAAACCUUCCCAUGCUGAGACUGUUCCAAAGGUUGCAGGAGGGUCCUGGGAAGCCAUCCGUGUCAACUCCUUAUGGACCCCACUGCAGUAGAACCCCCAACCUCCAGGAGAUGAAGAUGCAGCGCAUCAGUAUCCUGCAACAGCUUUUGCGACAGGAGGUAGAGGGGCUGGCAGAGGGCAAGUGUGCCCCCCUUAAUGGAGGCUCCUCUCUGGAUAUGGUUGAACUUCAGCCCCUGCUGGCUGAGAUUUCUAGAACUCUGAAUGUCCCAGAGAAUAAAUCUGGGGCUUUUCAUCUUUCUGGAAUGUUACAGCACUCUGGGCUGCCAAAACCCUACCUUCCAGAGGGGUGUGGGGAACCAGAGCCCUGCCCUGGAGCAGAGCCCGAGGUAUCUCUGCCCUGCCCUCCAGCAGAACCAGGGACCCCAGAGUCCUACCAUAGGAGGGGGCCUGAAAUAUCAGAGCUCUCCACCCAGGAACAGCCUGAGGCAUCAGAGCCCUGCCCUCUGGGAGAGCCUGGACCCCUUCAGGCCUGCCCCCAGGGGCAGACAGGACUCCCAGAGCCCUCCCCUAGGGUAGAGCCUGGGGUAUCAGAGGCCUGCUCCCUGGAACCCAGAAGUCCAGAGUCCAGCCCAUGGCCCUGCUGCAGUCAGUGGGCUCCAGCGACCACCAGCCUGACCUUCUCCUCCCAACGCCCACUUUGUGCCAGCCCCCCUAUCCACUCACUCCAGUCUCUGAAGCCCCCAACAGGCCAGGCAGGCCCCAGCAAUCUGGCCCCUCGAACCCUGGCCCUGAGGCAGCGCCUCAAAGCAUGUCUGACCGCCAUCCACCACUUCCACGAGGUCCGCCUGGACGACGAGUGUGCCUUCUACACCAGCCGAGCCCCUCCCUCAGGCCUCACCCGGGUCUGCACCAACCCUGUGGCCACAUUGCUCGAACGGCAGGAUGCCCUGUGUUUUAUUCCAGUCGGUUCUGCUGCCCCACAGGACUCUCCGUCAUGAGGCAUACGCCUCCACCCACUCCUGUCCUGCCUUGUACCUUCCUUUUAACCCUUAUUUAUUUUCCACACCAUGGACUGGAA